GGCACGUUACUGGGGGGUGGCGGUUUUUUCAGUUAAUCACGAGAAAUUUGAAUGUUCGAUGGAAGAAGGUGCAACAGGAGUAUUUUAUCUGCGUUUGGUCCUGGUAGUUAAAUGUGAAUAAAGAAAUGUUCAGUGUUGACUACGCUACACUAGAUGUCUCGCCUGCUAAAUUUUAUUUGUGAAUUGCUGGAAUACUUUGGGAUAUCAUCAGAUUUGCAGCUUUUCCAGCAAUGGCAAAACAAGCCAUAUGGACAGACUCGGAGUAUUGUUCGAAGGAUAGGAUCAUUACUUCCUUUGAAUCAUUGGCCUAGGGUCUGUUUUCAGCUCUUAGAAGGACUACAUGUGGCUGACUCUUGUAACAAUAGCUAUAAACCUACAGUUCUAUCGCUGGCUGAUAUACCAUGGAUUGCUGAUGAUGAAGGUGAAACUUGCACUCGCUUUAGGAAUGAAGUUCGCCCUCCCAAAGCUGAACAGGUAAUCAGCCUGAAGCAAGAACGAUGCACACCAAUGAUGUCACUAAAUUAUCCAAAAAAUGGGAAUAAUACAUCAAAUGAAAAUGCCUUGAAUAAAAUAUCUCAACUUGAAGAUGAGUUGUCUCGUCUGAGGUCUCAAAUUGCUAUGCUUAUUACACUGCAGGAUCAAAGAUCAGGUACUCCCUGUACUCCUGCUAUUUCGAUUCCUCCUCCAAAGCUAACAUCCACACCAUUUGGUGCUUUGUGUGAUCCAUUGGGGAAUGCCUUACCUCCUCCACCUCCGCCGCCUCCUCCACCUCUGCCAAUGUCAAUUGCUAAGAACAGUGCUGCAUCAGCUAGUAAUCUUGGUGAAGAAUCCCAAGCUAUGAAAAGCAAUCCUAGUCAUGUAACCAUCAAAUCAAAGCUCACAGAAAACUUACCAAAUCCCUUCAAAAUGAUGGAUGUCUUGAAGGACAUGCAGAAUGUCAAAUUAAAAGUAGUAGCAAGGUCACCUGGUGGAACACCCAUGAGGAAGAAACCAGCAAUAAAGACACCUGUCUCUGAUCCAGCAGCGCUGAUUGCAGAUGCUUUAAAACGCAAGUUUUCGCACAGAUACAUGAAUGAUUCUUCUGAUUAUGAAAAUGAGCCAUUUGACUUCUCUCCACUGUCAAGUCCAGAAACUUCAAAGUCUGUUCAACAUGACCUGAAGCCCAAGAAACAAAAUAUCUUGAAGACUCAUCAAAUAUUGUAAACAGCAGAGUUUGAUGACUCUUCAUAGCUGUUACGUAUACUGGAAAAGAACUGGCAACAUAGUGCAAUUGUAAUGGACAUAAUAGUAGAUACUUGUUUACAAUGAUUCCCAUUUGUAAAUUAUCCACCCAGAUAAAAUACUUUUCUAGUGGAAGGUUAAGUCAAGAUAUUGUACAUUUUAAAUUAGAUUUUUUUGUUCGUUUCUCUACUAUUUGUGAAGCCACUCUUAACUUUUUAAAGAUUUUAUAUUUCUCUCAAAAUAGCAAAUUGUUAAUAUGCAAAAGUAACAGACCCGUUUUUGUUUGGACUAUUAUUUUGGUGCACUGAAUAUUAUGUUUAAUCGAUGCAUUUCUUUCUGCUUGGGAUUGUUUAUAAAUUCUGAAACUGUUGAAGAUUAAAUCUUCAAUCCUGUUUACAAUGAAACAACAUUUAUUUAAAAUAUACUGGAGAAAGCAGUGAACAUAGUUCCGAAGAAGAGUCUUAUCAAACUCAACAUGUCUGUGAAGAGAGAAACAAGGUUGCUGUCAGACCUUCUGGGUUUCUCGAGCACUUUACUUUUUUUUAAACUCGAGCAUUCAGUCAGAGAUGGGUGAGGCUGUACCAGAAUUAUGACGGUUGAGUCAAGUAAGUAAUGUUAAAAUGUAUUUUGCAACACUGAGAUUACAGAUUCCAUUAAUUUGCUGAUAUUAAAGCUAAACAACAUUAAACAGGGCAAAUUUACAUGAG